AUGCCUCCUAGAAAAAACAAUUCAAGAGGAAGAAGUUCCCAAGCAGAUUCACCUGCUACAGGGGUAAGGUCUACAGCAGCGAUAUUUGCAAAUCCUGGUGAAAAAGCCGAUGGUGCUAUAGCUGAUGAAUCAGUGCAGCCAGAGGUGUCGAAUAUCCCAGCAAGUGAGGAAAGCGAUGAUCCAUCGUCUUAUUCAUUUCCGCUUAAUUAUAUUUUCAGGGUUCAAGAUUUUUUAAACGAUAAUUUAGACUUGUGUAAGUUUGUCCAACUUUUGGUUGUUUUAUACAUUAGUGAAGUGUUAUACUUGACAUUUGGUGAACAUUUCUGGAACAAUUAUGCUGUUAUCGGAUUUAAUUUGUUAGGGCUUGGUAUAGCUUUGAUCUUGGGCUAUCAAGCCCAAUUAAAGAAACAUGUGGCGAACCCUGGACAGUUUGAAGAACCUGAAUUACCAGAAUUCAAUCAUAUUUAUUCAGUGUUUAUUCCAUUAACAAUUUCGUUUCUUCUCAAACUGAAAUUCUUUUUGGUCAAUUUAGCUUUGAAUAAUUUCAUAAUUGACGGCUUGCAUCCUAUUCCUAAAUUUAUUUCGGCCGUGAUGUUUUUCGAAGUUUAUAAUGAAGAUAAAGACAUUACCACUUUUAGGAUGAUUCAAAUAACGUUCAUGCACUACUUGCUACAAUAUAUCAUCACUUCAGCUAAUUCAGGAAAUGAAGAUACGUCCACAUACGUAUCAGAUGAAGUUAUUGAUGAAGAUGACGCUAUAAACUUAGAAUUGAUUCAAGAAAAUAAUGAUAAGAAGCAUAUAUCUGGCACAAGCACAACAUUGAACAAAGCAGAAAUCCAGUUAUUAUGCUUAAUGGUUACCAAUUUAUUAUUUGGCUUAAGAGAGGCAGAUGAUUUCAAUUUACCAUUGACCAUAUUGCAGAAGUUAAUUAUCAGUUUGAUAAUAAGUUUAGUGUUCAUCUAUCCUCUCUUCAAGGCUUAUGAAAACUGGAAUCUGAAGAUCUUUGGUGUAGGGAUUAUUGCUUUAUUUUCAAGUAUAUUUGCUUUUGUUACAAACUAUUUAUUGGCACCUAUACUCUCAAAUACUAAUGCAAUUAGUUGGCUUUGGAAUUACAUUACGGAAUCUGAAGAAAGAGUUCAAAUUUUAAGCUCUUGGGGAAUUUUAUUAUUAGUUUCCAUUCCUGCCGUUUUCAUUAACUCAAACAAACUUUCCUUAAACUCCAGAAGAAAAGUAUGGCACUAUAUAAUUUUAGUAAUGAUUGCGUAUCCAAGUUUGCCAAAACAGCCAAUCUUCACCAUAAUAAGUUUACUCGGAUCAAUAGUUGUUUUCAUAAUAUUGGAAAUCGUGAGAUACAAUAAAUUCACUAUAUUGGGAGAAUGGUUAUACAAACAAUUAGUAAUUUUCCAAGACUUCAAAGAUUUGAAGGGGCCAUUGAACUUGUCGUAUAUUUUCUUGAUCAUAGGUGUUACUAUCCCUAUCGUUUUCGACUACUGCAUUAAACGUGAACUUACAUGUAAAUCUUUUAUUGGGAUUAUAGGCUUAGGAAUCGGUGAUUCUUCUGCAUCAGUUAUUGGUAAACAUUUCGGUUCUCUAAAAUGGAAAGGAAGCUCGAAAUCUGUACAAGGAACUGCUGCUUUUAUUUUCUUCUCCAUGGCUGGGUUCUAUGUUGUUGAUAAAUACAUUUUGACACAACACGUUCAUAGCUGGGAAAACUUACUCGUCAGCUGUAUUCUCGGAGGAGUGCUAGAAGGUGUCAGCAAUUUAAACGAUAAUUUCUUGAUUCCUAGUGUAAUGUAUAUUUCAUUACAGGCCCUUGAUAAUCUCUAG